AAACCUCAUUCUCGGUUUGGAAGGCAUCCUGAUCUGCUGUUCUCAAGCGUGAGUGAAUAACCCGUGUCCACAGAUUUUUAAUCUAUAUUAUUAAUUUAUUGCUGCUGUGUGAAAAGUUCAAUUCAAAAUGCGUGAAUGUAUUUCUGUACACGUUGGCCAAGCUGGUGUCCAGAUUGGUAACGCCUGCUGGGAGCUGUACUGUUUGGAACAUGGAAUCCAACCGGACGGUCAGAUGCCAUCGGACAAAACCAUUGGCGGAGGCGACGAUUCGUUCAAUACCUUCUUCAGUGAAACCGGAGCAGGCAAGCACGUGCCACGUGCCGUUUUCGUUGACUUGGAACCAACCGUAGUGGAUGAGGUUCGUACUGGAACCUACCGGCAACUGUUCCACCCGGAACAAUUGAUCACCGGAAAGGAAGAUGCUGCCAAUAACUAUGCUCGUGGCCAUUAUACCAUCGGCAAGGAAAUUGUCGAUUUAGUACUGGAUCGUAUUCGCAAACUGGCUGACCAGUGCACUGGUUUACAAGGAUUCUUAAUCUUCCACUCUUUCGGUGGAGGUACUGGAUCCGGUUUCACCUCGCUCUUGAUGGAACGUCUGUCAGUAGAUUAUGGCAAAAAAUCUAAACUUGAGUUUGCCAUCUAUCCGGCUCCUCAAGUUUCAACUGCUGUCGUUGAACCGUACAACUCCAUUCUGACGACCCAUACUACCCUGGAGCAUUCGGAUUGUGCUUUCAUGGUUGACAACGAAGCUAUCUACGAUAUCUGCCGUCGCAACUUGGACAUUGAACGACCAACUUAUACCAAUUUGAACCGUCUGAUUGGCCAAAUCGUUUCUUCGAUCACCGCUUCACUGCGUUUUGAUGGAGCUCUGAAUGUGGAUCUUACUGAGUUCCAAACCAAUUUGGUCCCAUACCCACGUAUCCAUUUCCCAUUGGUCACGUAUGCUCCGGUUAUUUCGGCCGAAAAGGCUUACCACGAGCAGCUCUCGGUAGCCGAGAUCACGAACGCUUGUUUCGAGCCAGCCAACCAGAUGGUCAAGUGUGACCCCCGUCAUGGUAAAUACAUGGCCUGUUGCAUGCUGUACCGUGGUGAUGUAGUCCCUAAGGAUGUUAACGCCGCUAUUGCAACCAUCAAAACUAAACGUACCAUUCAAUUCGUCGAUUGGUGUCCAACCGGUUUCAAGGUCGGCAUCAACUAUCAGCCGCCAACCGUUGUUCCAGGUGGCGAUCUGGCCAAGGUUCAACGUGCCGUUUGCAUGUUGUCCAACACAACUGCCAUUGCCGAAGCUUGGGCUCGUCUUGAUCAUAAGUUCGAUCUGAUGUACGCUAAGCGUGCCUUUGUCCACUGGUACGUCGGUGAAGGUAUGGAGGAGGGCGAGUUCUCCGAAGCACGUGAGGAUUUGGCCGCUCUCGAGAAGGACUACGAGGAAGUUGGUAUGGACUCCGGUGAAGGUGAGGGCGAAGGAGCAGAAGAAUACUAAAUUGUGCAAAUCGCAAAAAAAACCGAUUUUUCCUCAUGCAUGAGGUUUUGACAAAUAAAAUCAACGCAUAAAUCA